GAAAAUAGCCCCAGUAAUACCUAGCAAUGGAUUCCCCCAAUAUAACACCUGGAAUGUAAGUAACAAAUGAUAGUUAACCAAAUAUGGAUUUAAUGAAACUCAUUUAAAACUCAAUUGAUAAUUAUUCUUUUACUCUAUCUUAUCAUCAAAGUUUCUACAUUAUAGCUAUCAUACUUAUUUUGUCAGUGAAACAGGUAUACAACAUAUGUCAGAGUCUGUGUUUGUGGGACUGUGUCGUACAGUGGGGACCUCACAACAGGUGGCAACGAGGAGAGAUGUGACAGACAUUAAAGAGAUGGUGAGGAAUAGAGUAACGACAAGUAACGAGAACACGGUGAUGAUGAGUGGAAGUCACAGAGAAGGAUUCAGAAUGGAGGGAUCUGAUAUUGAUACCAUGUAUUGGUAUAACAACCAACCAGUGAUCUGGGACUUAUCUCAGACCCAGUUUUACAAUGUACACAGACAAUCCCUGAUUCUCUCUGUCUCAUCUGAAAGUCCACCCGGAUUUACUUUACUUCAGUUACUGUCACCAAGAGCAAGCAACAGAGUUAUCUUAGCAUUAGUCAAAAUGAAUGGUGAACUAUAUAUAUCUAGUUCAAAAUACAGAGAGAUCACAUGUUCUCUUAUAACUCCCAACUCUACAGUACAUGGUCCAUGUGGCAGUGGAGCUAUAGGGACACUAGAAUAUGAUGAUGCCCAAUGUUUUGUUUGUGACUUUUGGCCUCCGUCUGCCUCUUCAUGGAUAGACAGAUGUCACAUAUGGCCCCAGCCACAGGUUGUCAGGGACAUAGUCAGAAGUGGAUGUCACUUUGUAGCAAUAGGACACAAAUUAGGAAAUUAUGAAAAUGAUGAAUGGAGAAUUUCAUUUUCUUUGGCAGAACAAAAACUUGUGUACUCAAUGAACCACUGUCAAUUCUUGACUUAUGGUUUGCUGAAAUUGUUCUUAAAAGAAGUCAUUAACAAUGGAUUAGGUGAUAAUGAGAAAUUACUGUGUUCCUAUCACAUGAAGACAGCAGUUUUCUGGACGAUUCAACAAAACACAAUACCUAACUGGUGUCCACAGAAUCUCCUGAAAUGUUUCUGGUACUGCUUUAAACUCAUCCUUAAAUGGGUGUAUGAGGGAGUCUGUCCUAACUUUUUCAUUCCAGAAAACAAUAUGUUUCUCAGUAAUAUCCAUGGUGGAGCACAAAACAGAUUAUUCAUUACACUGUAUGGUUUUUAUGAAAAAGGUUUAGCAUCCCUGCUACACAGUCCCUCCCUCGGGUCUUAUAUCAUGAAUGUCCUUUAUAACCCCAGACUCAGUAUUUGUACUGAUGAACACACUCUGGUAUCUGAGACCGAGUUUGAUAAAGAAAUGUUCAGUGAGAUGUGGGUAAGAAAAUCAAUACCCUCAUCAGACCUCUACCUGAUCAGUAUGAAAUACUUAGACACAAUAGAACAGUUGAUAUUCUCACCCCUGACACAGUAUCAAGUUCUCACGUUACAGGUAUUUACAGCCUCCAUCCUUCACAGUGCUGCUUUUACAUUACAAAACAUGUACAGCAACACCACUGAAAACAAGCUGAUGUAUAUUGCUGACAGAACGUCCUGUCACAUGUUGAAACUCACAGCCAAGUUUGGGUGUAUUUCUGACAGGUUGUACAUUGCAAUGUUUUAUUACAAGACACUCAGAUACACAGAAGCCCUGUCUGUGAUAGAGAUGACAAAGGUCAACUUAGCACAGUCAUAUGUGAUGUAUAACAGGACCGUAGACACAGAGAGGUAUACCGAGGCUGUAGGGGGACAGUCCUGGUCUACAAAGUUAAGACAUUCUGUGGCUUGGAAUAUCAAAUUACACAACAGAAUCAUUUAUAUCAAUGAAUUAAUGACAGAGCAGAGUUUUUCCUUACAGAACCGUUUCCCUCACAUGGUUAUCCCGCCCCUAGUUGUGUUACACAUGCUGGAGUUCCUGUGUUAGAGACAUAUUGACACAAUGAGAGCACAAACAGCUCUUAAUGAUCUAGAGGUCCUAGUUCACCAUGAUCAGGGGGUGUAUGUAGGUGUGGAAUUAAGAGACAUAUCAUGGCAGAUCCUAGGUAUCUGUCAACAGAUCUCAGGGAACCUCCAGGCUGCUCUAUACUCCUACCAACAAUCACUCAGACAAUUUCCAAACAAUAAAAUACAAAGUGCUACACUAAUGAGAAUACAAGAACUUGGAUAAGUACAAUAUUGAUUGAUUGAUUGAAUAUUGUUUAACGUCCCUCUCGAGAAUAUUUCACUCAUAUGGAGACGUCAUCACUGCCGGUGAAGGGCUGCAAAAUUUAGACCUAUGCUCGGCGCUUAUGGCCUUUGAGCAGGGACGAUCUUUAUCGUGCCACACCUGCUGUGACACGGGACCUCGGUUUUGGCAGUCUCAUCAAAAGAACCACCCCAUUUAGUCCGCCUCUUACGACAAGCAAGGGGUACUGCAUGAGGACCUAUUCUAACCUGGAUCCCCACGGGACAGUACAAUAUUGAACAUUUAAAUAGUUUAUGUGGCUUUCACAAAUAAAUUAUUGCCAAUGACACUUCAUCAGUCAACUAAGUCAAAUGUGAGGACUUCAGAUAUUUGUGUUAUAACCUGCUUAAUAUGGAUUAGAUAAGUUGUCAGCUUAUUUCAUUUAUGUCUAAUUCAUCAGUACACAUGAAACUUCAAAAGUCAGUCUGGAUUUUUACACCUAAAAUCCUAAAUUCUCAUGCGUGGCAAUAUUUGGUAAAUCAAACAUAAAUUAUUAAAAUAUUUUUACAUCAGUACAUCUGAAGGCUGAAUUAUUAGUAAAUAGAUUUUUACAUCCAAAUUCCAAAAGUUACACUAAAAUACUUCAUGUUAAAUUUAUUUUGUAAACAAAUUUGCAAAUGAACAUGAAUUUUUAAACCAUACAUGCUGGAAUCAGAAAGAAACCCGAGAGAAAUAAAUUAUAUAGUUAUUAUGAAAUAUUUUAUGCUUUUAACCCAUAGUUGCUUUAAAUACAUGCAUACAUGUAUUUCUAAUCAGUUAUUAGUUGUGUUUACUGUAAAAGGUUCCUCUUGUAAUCAUUUAAAUCAAAGUUUUAUGUACAAGUCGAUAUUGGUCAAUAAUCAUGGAAAAUACAAUGUACAUGCUGGAACAAAAGGUAUUUCUGCUAAAUAUCCCGGUAUUUGAAAUAAAAAUUUAUCAUAUCUGUUGUGUUAUUUCUCUCUGCUGAUACUCUAUAUGUAAAGUCUCUCGAAUUCUUUAAAGUUUGAAGUGAGAGAUAGAGAUAUCUUAUUUUAAUGGAAAUUAACCUUUCAAUAUACAUCUACAUGUGAAUUUCUGAGUUUUUUUUAGUGAAUAAAAGUAAAAACAAAACAAAAAAAAA